AUGUGGACUGCCCUGGCCUUAGUGCUUGCCUUUUGCAGGGGUGCUCUGUCUCUGGACAAACUUAACAUGUGCAUGGAUGCCAAACAUCACAAAGUAGAGCCUGGACCUGAGGGAUAUCUUUACCGUCAGUGUGAACCAUGGCGUGACAAUGCCUGCUGCACUUCCAACACCAGCACAGCAGCCCACGAUGACAACUCCUACCUAUACAACUUUAACUGGAACCACUGUGGUGCUAUGAGUGAGCAGUGCAAGAAACAUUUCAUCCAGGACACAUGUUUCUAUGAGUGCUCACCCCAUUUGGGACCGUGGAUACAACAAACGGAUCAGAGCUGGCGUAAGGAGCGUAUCUUGGAUGUACCUCUGUGUCAGGAGGACUGCCACAGCUGGUGGGAAGACUGCAAGAAUGAUUUCACUUGCAAGACUGACUGGCACAAGGGAUGGGACUGGAGCUCAGGUACUAACAAAUGCCCUAAAGACAGCAGGUGCAGUAAGUGGACUGAAAUCUACCCGACACCUCAGUCCAUGUGUGAACAAAUCUGGUCCAACUCCUACCGUUACACUACUUACUCCAAAACCUCAGGCCGCUGCAUGCAGCUCUGGUUCAAUGGGACAAAUCCCAACAAAAAGGUUGCAGAGUACUACCUUAACAAUGGCAAUAACCCUAAACCAGAAAUUAAGAAUAUCAUGUAA